UUGUCUCGCUCACUUCUAAAACGUCGAGGAAAUAGUGAAAAUAUCACAAAAGAACUGGUUGUCGUUAUCCCCGCAAACAAGAAGGGAGUCUCUUGUUUUUUGGAUAGAGGGCGGUUGAAAAAAAAAACCGUUCUUUCCGCAAGGAAGAACGGAUCCUUGGCUAUUUAAAGUUUAGUCAGGACGGUUACUGGCUCUGAGGUGAUUGUUAUGAAACUCACAGAAGAAAAAAACAAUGAAGAAGGAGAAAUUGUGGAAUUUAUGAGUUUGCACUGUUUGGGACACACGCAGAGAGUGCAGAUGCCAAGCUGCAGUAAAGGAUGAUUGACAGAAGGCAAAGCUGAGACGGCUGUCAGUCAACAUCCAGCUAGAGAGUCGAUUCAUCAGAGUGUCAGAAGCCUUGCUCUCUCUCCAGCCCGACCGAUCACUUUGUCUUCUCUGCUUCCACUUCUCUUAUCUCUGCUGGCACCCUGAACCUGCCCCUUCCCAGCAGACACAAUAAAGACCAGAGGUGGAGACAGAAGCAUCGGUCUUGACGACCUUACAGUGACCAAAGGGAAGCUGGUAUGCUGCUGCACCUCUUCUGUCCCACGUUCAACAAAAGGAUUAUUUUGUGAACCAGACCCAGAUCUUCCUCACCAUUCCCUCUUUCUCUAUCUCUCCUUCUCUCAUGCAUCUUUGAGAGGAAGGGCGCAGACGGAUACUUUACAUCACAGUGAAUAGUCUGUUGGAGGGGCGGCCCGAAUAAAGGAAGCAGCCAUGCGUUUCCCACUGCUCUUGACACUGCAGGCAUCAUGGCUGACAGUUUGUCAGGCCACGCAGCACUAUCCCACAACCUGGGGACACUACGACUUGUGCAAGUCAGAAGGCUACACGGACGAAGGCCCAAUCUGGUAUUACAUGGCCUGUCAGCCGGAAGCCGCGGACAUGACCAAGUACCUAAAAGUGUUUCUUGACCCACCCAACAUCACCUGUGGAGACCCACCAGAGACCUACUGCACCCUGGAAAACCCCUAUAUGUGCAACAAUGAGUGUGACGCAGCCACAGAUGAGCUGGCCCACCCCCCUGAGCUCAUGUUCGACCAUGAGGGCCGCAACCCCACCACCUUCUGGCAGUCCACCUCCUGGAAGAAAUAUCCUAAACCUCUGGUGGUCAACAUAACCCUGUCAUGGAACAAGACUAUUGAGCUGACCGAUGAUAUUGUCAUCACUUUUGAGUCGGGUCGGCCAGAGCAAAUGGUUUUGGAGAAGUCUCUGGACUAUGGACGUAGCUGGCAGCCCUACCAGUUCUAUGCUACCGACUGCCUUGACGCUUUCACUAUGGAGCCCAAAACGGUGAGGGACAUUACCCAGCACACAUUGCUGGACAUCAUCUGCACCGAGGAAUAUUCAAGAGGUUACGUGUGGAAGAACGACAAGACUGUACGCUUUGAAAUCAAAGAUCGUUUCGCACUGUUUGCCGGGCCCAAGUUGCACAAUAUGGCCUCGCUGUAUGGACAACUGGACACCACCAAGAACCUGAGAGACUUUUUCACCAUUACUGACCUGCGCAUACGUCUUCUCAGGCCUGCCACGGGCGCCACCAUGGUGGAUGAGUACAACCUUUCCAGAUACUUCUACGCCAUCUCUGGCAUUAAAGUACAUGGCAGGUGCAAGUGCAACCUUCACGCCAACAGCUGCAUCUAUGACAAAGAGAGACUGACUUGCGAGUGUGAGCACAACACCACGGGGCCUGACUGUGGCCGCUGUAAGAGGAAUUAUCAGGCCAGAGCUUGGAGUGCAGGAUCCUAUCUCCCCAUCCCCAAGGGCACAGCAAAUAUCUGUCUGCCAAAUAGUGUUGGUCCAGUUAACUGCGAAUGUUUCAGUCACUCCAAUCGUUGCAGUUACAUCGAGGUGCUAAACACCGUCAUUUGCGUGAGCUGUAAGCACAACACUAGAGGGCAGCACUGCCAGCUGUGCAAGCUUGGAUACUACCGCAAUGCCUCGGCAGAGCUGGAGGAUGAGAAUGUUUGCAUAGGUCAGUCCUCCAGCACUCCCAUCCACCAACACGGCUUAUCGCACAUCAGACUUCCCCCAGAUCUGCCAUCUGGCUUUCUGUUUCUAUUGCUCCAUCAUCCUUCAUCACUUCACUCCCUUCUCUGUAUCUGUCCAUCCCUCUGUCGUCACCCGAGUCUCUUCACGCAUGCUUGUGUGCAUCAGCAAAGUCACGUUGAUCCAAAUUCCCUCAAGUCUUUGACUACAAAACCAGCAAGUAUGACGUGAUGAUCCACAGCAGAGUAGGAAAAAUAUUGUAAUUUUUAAUGUUUGUUACAAAGCUAAGAAAAUGAAAAGAAGAAGGUAGAGCGGAGAACAAGAACAGACAUUAAGAAAAAAAGAAAGCCAGACAGGUGUCAUUGAGAGACAGAGGUGAUGUCUGCCAUCACACUUCCCCAGUGAGGUGUCUGGGAGGGCUCGCACCCACAGAAAAAGGUGCUGCGUGUUGCAUAUGUCACUCUGGGAAAGAAGAAGCAAGAGAAAGAAGAGAGCAAGAGAGGUGUCUGGGAGCAGGUCACGACUGUGUGACUUACACACACAUCUUUAGGUGUUACAGGUCACAUACUCUGACCUCCACCUCAACCUAGCAAUAUCUGUAGUCACGGGAGGGCCACAUAACUGACAAAAUAUGUGAAAAGUGCAUCUUGGAAGAGGUUUAUGUUAGUGUUUUAGCAAAGCAUUAAUAAUUAAUAAGCAUUAAUGUCUUCUACUUAGAAAUUAAACAAGUACCUGCUCUGUAGCAAAACCUUAAGGCAAUGUUCACACUUGUAAAGAGUUCUGUUGUGCUAGGCAUCUGAAAACAUUGAUGAAUUUAUACUGAAAAGAAGUAGGAGAAUUUUAAAAAGGAAUGAUUAGUUUCCUCCAAAAAAGAAAUGUUUAAGAACAAAUGUACUGCCGUGAUCAGAAAUGCCAUUACACGCAUCAGGCUACAUGUCCAAGUUCUUCAGAGAAUUAAUCAGAUUCUCUUUUGAAUUGAUAAUAUUAAAACUUUUGCGUUUUUAAUACCCCUCAGUAGCUCAACAUCUGCUCAAAUUAGCUGUCGUCUUCGUACAGUAGAUAUCGCAGAAAUGCAGGUUUUGAAUGGCACUUCAGCACCAUAAGCAGAACCCAGUUAAUUGCCCAGAUGUCUUUGGGUGAUCCAUGACCUGGAGAGUUACUGACAUUGCCAAAAACUUAUAGUCAACAUGAAAUCAAAAUUGACUAUUUACUGGGAUAAAAUCAAGUCACACUCUCUUUUUUCCAAUCAGUAUCUUGUUUUACUCAGAAAUACACCAUUAAAAUUAUGGAAGUAAAAUGCAUUGAAAAUGCCACUUUAUGUAGACUUUAAUAAAAUGGUCACCUUUAAGGACAUUUUCUGUUGUAUCAAAGGAUUUAAUUAUGAGAUAUUUCUGAACAGAAUCAGUGUCAGAAUCAGUGGACAACAAUCGAAUUGGCUAAUCAGGAAUCCUCCACCACGUGUCUGUGUUUCUGUUUCUCUUUUGUAUGUUCACUUUCCUUCAUGCCACCCAUCUUUUUUUACACUAAACACAAUAUAGAAAUAUAUUCUUGUAAAAAAAUGUUCAGAAUGCACAGUGCAGUCAUUCGGUAACGAUCAACGCUUUUGCAUUAUGGGACCAAGAUGCUGAACAUUCACAAACAUUCGUUUUCCUUACUAAACUAAAUGCCAUUGUUUCCAUUUUCCACCCUCACUCACCUUCCCCAGCUGAUGCUCCUCAUUUUAUUCCUUUGAAAUGGUAGAUGUGAGGUAAAUAUUCAGUUAUACAUGUUAUAAAUCUGUCCUUUGUAGACUAGCAAUGUGCAUGAAGGAGGCAGCAGAGGCCCAUUUUGAGCAAAAAUGCUUUUUGUGUAGAGGGACAGAGGGACUUUACUUAUGAGCUGAUCUGAGAGGCUGAAGACCACAGACCCCAUCUCUCCACUGUGUGUAUGUGUGUGUCUUGUUUCUACAGACUGUAAUUGUAAUCCCUUUGGCUCAGACACUGAUCACUGUAAUGGCACAGGAUAUUGUAAAUGUAAGGAGGGAGCGACAGGGGCUAAGUGCCAUGAGUGUCUGCCAGGAUAUUUGUGGGACAAUGGCUGCAAAUGUAAGUAGAACCUCCACCAAACCUGCAGCUUCAGUCCCCUGCUCUCUUUUGCCUCUCUCAUUCUCUUCCCCUCCCUCCCUUCUUCUCUCCCUCUUUUUACUUUCUCUGUUUGCUGCUGCUUUAUUGGCUUACCCGGGAAUGAGCAGCUUGGUUUGCUUACAGCACUUGGAAAAAAAAAUCUUGGACUGACUUCCAUUCAAGGCUCAGUCACACCUGUUAUACUGCCUUGUUAGUGGUUUAACUGCAGAAUUAAUUUUGAAGGAAUUAUUAUAAUCAUUAAUUAGCAUAGUUUUUAUUAAUAGUAUUAUUGUAGAAUUUUUCUCAAGCACAGAGAUAAACCAUGCAAACAAUCCUCAGGCACAAUCCCAUGCACAUGCAUUUGCGCAGAUGAACAAAGACAGCUGAGCUAAUAUUUGGAGUGAACAGAACAUUUGACGCCUGCGCUGUUUUCUCUGGCUGUUUGCUGUUAUGGCCACACUGUGAUGGCUGGUUCUUCUCUCUUGGCUCCAAGCGCUGUGGUUGAAACGAUCCGUAGGUCAAGUAUUGAUUUGUAUUCUUCAGUGGGCUUCCAGCAUCAAAGGUCAACAUUUACCAAAGCCUCAGAUAUCUCAAAGGGACAUUGGCAGUAAUAAUGUGAGAUGGACAGUCCAGUAAAUAUGUGUAUAUUGAGUUCAAUGCGGCUUUGAACCCAACACAACAAGGCUGGUUUAGUGUGAGAAGCAGAAAUUCACAACAUCACACAUGUUAAGAGAUUAAAGUAAACCAGAGCGUUUGGUGCAAAUAGUGACAUGUGGCAAAUGCACUCCCAUUACUGUCUGUUCUGAGAGACAUAUUGAAAGGAAAAAAGAGGUGUGACUCUUUAUACACAUCCAUCAUUCACCAGCAUGAAGAUCCAUUUCCAUGUGACUGUUUCAGCCGAUGGUAUGUACUACAGUAAAGCACCAUAACCAUUUUAAUUUGAUGUUGUCAUCAACACAGACACUUUUUGUUAGAUGUCCUAGACAAGAGAUUUAAGUUUGUUGCAUUCAUCUCAUUCAAAGUCCCAAAGGCCAUAAUGUGUGUAAUAAAUGCAAUCUAAGGCUCAUUUUCCUGAUCCCAUCUAUCUGUAUGCAGAUUUCGGUAUGCAAUUAAAGCUCAAAUCUUUCUUCAAAUAAGCCUUUUCUUCUCAGUGCACCAUGCAAUCUACUGCUGUUCUCAAUAAAUAUUAUCCCUCUUAUCAAAAGCAAACCCAAUAAAUUGCUCACUUUAUUCUCUUAUUACCAUUUAUUUACAUGCAAGCAAAUUGUGAAUGCAUAAUUAGAGGUUGAGCACAUUUUUCCUGCUUGUGAAUCCACAUGCUUUAAACAUACAGACCUUCUGUUGCUCUCUUAAACUAGGUGCUUAUAUUUAUUAGAUGAAAAUGCCUUCUUGUGCAUGGGCUCUAGAGAGUGUGGCGUAGGCUAUAGAGGUUAAACUGUUUGUAGGACCAACAGCAGAGUAAAUAGUUUCCAUUGGAAGUUAAAGGUGUUUGUUAGCACCCAUAACAGCUAUAAAUCACUGACGCGGCUCUUCUUGCCUCAGCACCUUUUCCUGGUCAUCAGGGGAUAUCAAACUGAGGAGACAGAAAGAAUUGAACUCACAGGGUGAACCAAAAAGACCCCAACUCUUGAGAGAUACAUCACCUGCAAAACUGUGCCUCUUUUAAGUCUUCCUUCAGAUGAAGCACAAGAACACUCUUGCCAAUGGCCACAGUUGUGGAAAAGGCAAUCGAUCAAUUUGCUCUCUUUC